AUGAAUUUGGAUUUCGACACAUUACCUCCAAGAGAUGAUUCUAUGGAGAAGCUGCUUUCGUAUCACCGACGGAGCCUCGAGAAUGAAAUAAACGGUUCCUUCGAUGACGGGGUACACAGAGACGACAAGCAAAGAGUGAUGCGAAAUCAGUACCAAAGAGCUCUAAAGACUCAACGUUGGAUGUUGUACUUUGCUAUGGCGUUCGUUGCAGUGACCAUUUUUUAUGGACUGGGAUUUUACACUCACAUUGCAAUAUUGGCAACUUCGAAGACUCAGCCAGUCAACCAGACCCAAGCGGCCAACUGGAGCUUCUGUGGUAACAGCUCCGUAGAAGCGAGGAGGAAUGGCUGUAUUCUCGACUUCAUAAGUGGGGCGUGGGUACGCCCAGACUGCUACGACGAGGAGCUCGAGAAAGAAUUCCUAGAAUUCAGCGACUGGCACUGGUUUGCCGACAGAGAAGCUCAGCAUGAGCUAUCCAAGGAGCUUCUGAGAAAGACGGGGGGGCCAAGUCCGAUAUGGGUCUCAAAUGAAUACCAUAGACAGCACUGCAAAUUCACGUGGAGAAAAUUGCACAGAGCAAUUAUUCGCCAGACACCAAUCGACAGUCAGGUUGGCAGAUUCACGCACACGCUACAUUGCUCAGAGUCUCUUGUUCGUCAAGGUGUCGAUCCUGUACCGAUCGAUUCCACAUUCUACUCCAUAUUUACAUAUUGUGACUUGCCUCAAAAUUACAACUUUUCAUCCACCUCAGUAGGGGGUUAG